AUGACGGUGAGGUAUCUUGUCUUCGUGGUCGCUUACGGUGUAUUAGUUUGCAAUAAUAUUUGUGUUGUUCAAUGCGCCGAUCAAUGCAAAACCCACGCGGAGUGUCUUAUAUAUUUGCCGUAUUGCUGCGGUGGAUACUCCAGUUUCGGAAGCAAAGAUCGGUCUUGCACGCAUAGUUCGUGUCUGUAUAGCUAUUGCUCAAGCGACAGUGAUUGUGGCGACCCAUUAAUGUGUUGCCGCUCUAAUAAAUGCGUCAACAAGGGUUGCUCUGGAUGUACCAGUAAUACAGACUGUUAUUCAACUCAUGUCUGUUGCAAGAAGACAUUUCCUUUGGGCCAAACCGUUUGCGCAGCCAAUUGUAUCAGCCAAACUUGUAAUUCCAACGAUGACUGUGCUGGUCGGAGCGAGUGUUGUCGAUCGGGAAAGUGUGUUAAAACAGGCUGUAGCGAUAAGUGUACAUCGAAUUCUGAGUGUAAUUUGGAUCAAUAUUGUUGCAAGAAGAAGAGUUCCUAUUGGGGAGAUAGUUGUGCUCAAAGUUGUGUGGGCGAGAUCUGUCGGAUUGACGACGACUGUGGGUCUCGAAAUGAGUGUUGUAUUUCUAACAAAUGUGUUGAUCGUGGUUGCUCGGGAUGUACUACAAACGCAAACUGCAGUAGUGGACAUUACUGUUGUAAGAAAAGACAGUGGUAUGUUGGUGAAUUUAGUGAGUGUAGUGCACAUUGUAUUGGAAAAUCAUGUAGUACAAGUAAUGACUGUGGUGGCCCGGGCGAGACUUGCGACUCUGAUAAUAGAUGCGCAAUUAAUCAGAACAUAGCCCUGCCUCGAACAGCAAGCCCUGCCUUGAACAGCAACACUGCCUCGAGCAGCAACACUGCCUCGAACUCUCUCCCAUCAUGGCUGAUUGCUGUUAUUACUGUAAGUCUAGUUGUAUUUCUUAUUGCUAUUGGAAUAAUACUAGCCGUGUUUUGCUAUGUGAAAAGGAAGCGACGCCGAGUAAAUGCUACUCCAGUGGGGACUGUUCCUCUACAGAACACUCAAUAUACAGAAACAAAUCCAGAAUCAACAACCAAACACCCAGUUCAGAAGUCUUAAUAAUCCAACAGCAUUUCAAAACCAUCCUCAAUCGGGCAGCAACGUGGUUCAACAAUCCCGCAAUCCUAGUCACUACCCUCAAGGAUUCCAGUAUGGAGCACAAGCUACCCCAAACCAAGGUCUUGUAACCCAAACUCCAGCAAAAAGUUCACAACAGGGGAAUGAAAAUCAUGGAUUCCAUAUAAAUCCUUCUCCGAACCACACUGAUCCAGGACACCACGCUACUGUAUCCUCAUAUCCUGCACAAAAUGACAACGAAGUACAUCAGAACCACAAUCAACUUCACGACCUUGUUUAUCACACUUUCAAAUCCCCAGAAGCGACAAAAGAUGCACAAUUUCAAGACAGCAGUGGUCAACAAAUAUAUCCACAGAAUGCCCCGCACCAAGGUUACGAUUACCACCAUCAUCCUCCGUAUAACCCACAGUAUCAAGGCAAUCCAUAA